AUGUUUGCCAUCGUUUUAAAUGUGAUCCUUUGGGUGCCCCACGUCCAUGCGGUGUGGGCCUGCGUGCGGUCGUGCCCGGCCGGCUGCGUGUGCACCCAGGAGCGGAGCUGCUCCGUCCUCUGCGAUCGCGUCGGUCUGGGGCAGAUCCCCAGCGAGUUCCCUUGCGAAGCCUCCUCCAUCAACCUGGACAAAAACAGCAUCAAGUUUCUCUCUGAGAGGGCUUUUGGGACCUUGCCUUCCCUCAAAUCCCUGUCGCUCAACCACAACAACAUCUCCUUCAUCACGCCGGGGGCGUUCAAGGGGCUGCCCAGCUUGACGGAGCUGAAGAUGGCUCACAACGAGUACAUUCGCUAUCUCCACACGCGCACCUUCACCGCCCUCAGGCGCCUGGUCAGGCUGGACCUGGCCGACUGCAACCUGUUCAACAUCCCAGACAGGAUCUUCAUUGAGCUGCACGCUUUGCAGGAGCUCUUCUGCUUCCAGAACAACUUCCGCAGGAUCCCGGGUGCUAUCAGGGGCAUGGAGAACCUGACUCAUGUUUACUUGGAGAGAAACAGGAUCGAAGCGGUCGCCUAUAACUCCCUGCAGGGCCUGACCCGGUUGAAAUAUCUGAACCUGCAGGACAACAGGAUAAAUGUCAUCCAUGAGCGAGCUUUUCAGGGCUGCCAGAAGAUGGAGUACCUGUAUCUGAAUGACAAUUUGAUCAGCGAGCUUCCAGAAAACUCCUUCGACGGCCUGAGGUGCCUGAAGAUGCUCAACUUGGGGGGGAACUUCCUGAGGAACAUUUCCAACACCUGGUUCAGGGACCUGGGGGAGCUGGAGGUCCUCUACCUGGACCGCAACAGGAUCAACUACAUCGAGGAAGGGGCUUUUGAAAACCUCACCAGCCUGGUGACGCUGCACUUGAACAGCAACAACCUGACGACGCUGCCCUUCUCUGUCUUCCAGCCGGUGUACUUCCUGGGGCGCCUCUACCUCUUCCGCAACCCCUGGGAGUGCGACUGCCGCAUCGAGUGGCUGAAGGAGUGGAUGGAGAACUACAGGCUCGUCAGGGACAUUCCCUGUGCCUCCCCCUCCUCGGUAGCUGGCAUGGAUCUGCUGGACGUGCUCUACGAGAGGUCCCCAGAAGGUGACUGUCUUGACCCUGUGGAGCUAAACAUUACGUCCGAAGGCCCAACCCCAAGUGGGCAGCCUUGGUCUACCACUGAGAGCAAGUUCAACAGCCUUAUCUCCAAGCUCUUGCUCCAGAUGGGCCUUCCAGAAGAGGUGGCAAAUGCUACUGAAGUCUACAUUAACACCACACAGCUGGAUGUACUGACUGAUGGGGUUUCUUCUGGGGGGGAGGAAGACAAUAUUGAUGCCAUCUUCUUCUCUUUUUACCUCCCAGCACUUUUUACAGUGAUUGUGCUGCAGUGCAAAUAG